CAUGUCUUUUCUAUUGAUUUUCCCAAUUGUUUGUGUAUUUCAUUGGAUAAUAAAAAUAAUAAAAUUAAAAACAAAACACAAAUAAAUUGCUAUUAAUUUAGUAGAAGUUUAUUAUUAUUGUUGUGUUUAUCACUUUCAUUGGAUUUUCGGUAUUAAUAAUUACCGCCGCAAUUGGUUGACUACACCGCUGACUACUUUGUCAAUUGUUAUAUUAGUGACCACCGAUAGCGAGAGCGCGCAUAAUGUCUGGUACCGACAAAUUGGCUGAACUUUACGACAAUUAUAACAAAUUGGACGCCGCGAAGGACAACAUCGGAGAGUUUGAAUCGUCUUAUUUGUCAAUACUAUCGGCCGUUAAGGGCACUCAACCGGAGAAACAAUUGUGCUCUCAGUUUAUCUCCAAGUUUUUUGUUCACUUUCCCAACCAUUACGACACAGCCAUCGAUGCUUUGCUUGACCUCUGCGAGGACGACGACACCAAUAUCCGCCGACACGCCAUCAAAGAGUUGCCCAGCAUUUGCCGCGAACGCAAAGAGUAUGUGCCGAAGAUUGCCGAUGUGUUGGCCCAACUUUUGCAGACAGAGGACUCGGCCGAACUGAAUGUUGUUAAUCAUUCGUUGACCACUUUAGCUAAAUACGACGCCAAAGGUUUUUUCGGUGGACUCUUUAUGCAGAUCAACAGUGGAGAUGAUAUUGUACGGGAAAAGGCCAUAAAGUUUUUUAAGGAUCGCUGGCGACUUAUACCGACCGAUGUCUUGACCAAAGAGGUGGAGGAGUACUUUCUCGAUGAGAGCCGUAAAGUUAUGGCCGAUGUGUCCAAAGAGGAAUUCAUAACUUUUAUGACACUAUUGAGUGGUUUAAAGAUUUCCAAAGUAUUGAGCGGUCAUCAGACGCUUUUGGAUAUUGUCAAAGAACAGGCAGAGUUGAACACACCAUUUGAUGCCUCAGAAAUGGAUUUUGUGGACAAACUAAUUAUGUCUGUCAGACACGGGAUUCCAUUUUUCUCUCAAUUUGUUCCGUCAACUGAAUUUGUUGAAUACAUUUGUGUACAAGUGUUGCCACAAUUACCGAUUCUCGAGUCAAAACAGCCGGGAAUUGAAUUAGAUUUUCUUCAACUGUUAGCUGAAAUGUCGCCCUAUGUUUCGCCGACCAUUGAGUCAAUAGAGGUCGAGAAAUGUUUGUCGCGUGUCUUUCCUAAACUACUCGAAUAUAUGCCGACACCACCGCCUAUCGACAGUGAGACUACCGUUGCAACCAACGGUUCUUCGACGGCCACGACUCCCGACGAACCGAGUCUACAAUUUUCGCAUAUCGAGUGUCUAUUAUAUACGUUUCAACAGUUGUGUAAACUUUUUCCACAAUUUUUAGCCGACGCCCAAUCGGAAAGGGUUAAGGACUUUAAGCUUCGACUUCAAUAUGUAGCCCGAGGAGUACAAAGUUAUUUAACAAAACUUAAGAAACACUUGUCGACAGUCAAAGGAGAGGCUUUGAAAUCUGAUGACAAUAAACUCCGAGUAAUGGCAUUGAAGACCACAAACAACAUAAAUACGUUGAUUCGGGAAUUAUUCAAAAUUCCUCCCAAUUAUAAGUCAACCAUUAACUUGUCGUGGAAACCGCCGGCUUCUAAGAACGCACCCGUAAAACCUACACUUUCAUCUCCUAUUACAAGUGUCACAGCAGCUACAACUGAAGUAACAGCUGAGCCAACUACACCGGUAGCCACAACACCCGGAGCGUCUAAACGGAAACCCAUAACAGCACCCGAAGGUUCCAGUGAUAGUAAACGAGAUCGUAAAAUAUAUGCGCCACCGGGUGGAAAAUUUAGCGGUGGUGUCAAAAGGUUCCCUCAAAAUAAUAACGGAAACUCAUAUCGCGGUUCAUUCCGUGGCGGUAAUGGCAGAGGACGGGGCGGUUUUCGGGGCAGACGUGGUGGCAGCGGUGGCUUUAAACGAGGAUUUAAACGAUUUUAAUUAAAGGUCACAGACCUUAUUAUUUUUUGAUUACACAUUGACUACCAGACCAGCACUGACUAUUUAACCAUACUUUUCAAAUUUCCGUACAUUUCCCGUAAACAUUAUUUACCCAUAUUUACGAUGUACAGUAUAUGAUGGUUGAAUGAAUAAUUACCGUAAUUAAUAUUUUAAAAAUAGACAAAUUUGAUUUACC